AUGGCGUCGACUGGCGCUCCCCCGAGCAAGGCCAUCGAGGCCUUGUCCAUCUCGACACCCAAGACGAAGGAGCUGAAAGGAACGGAGAAGCGUGACUCGUUGAUCGCCGUCGAACGAAAGUACCAAGAGCAAUGGGCCAACGACCGCGUGUUCGAACAAGACGCUCCGACGACCGAGGAGGUGCCCCUGCACUCCAUCUCGGCGGCCGAUCUGCGAGAAAAGGUGCCCAAGUUCUUCGGCUGCAUGGCGUACCCUUACAUGAACGGCGUCCUGCACGCCGGCCACACCUUUUCCGCGAGCAAGGUCGAGUUCGCCGCCGGCGUCGCCCGGAUGCAGGGCAAGCGAGCCUUGUUCCCCAUGGGCUUCCACUGCACCGGCAUGCCCAUCAAGGCCUGCGCCGACAAGCUCAUCAACGAGAUUAAGCUCUUCGGUCAAGACUUUUCCAAGUACAGCGAGGCCGACGAGGCGGCCGAUGCCAAGGCGGCGGCCCCGGCCGACAAGGCGAAGAAGGAGGACGUGACCAAGUUCACGACCAACAAGAGCAAGGCCAAUGCCAAGACGGCCAAGCUCAAGUACCAAUUUCAGAUCAUGAAGUCGAUCGGGAUCCCCCAGGAGGAGAUCCAUCUCUUCGCCGACCCCCAGUACUGGCUCGAGUUCUUCCCGCCCCUCGCCAUGCGCGACCUGGCCAACUUUGGAUGCCGCAUCGACUGGCGCCGCUCCUUCGUGACGACGGAUGCCAACCCCUACUACGACGCCUUUGUGCGGUGGCAGAUGAACCGCCUCAAGGAGCUGAACAAGAUCAAGUUUGGCAAGCGCUACACCAUCUACUCCAUCAAGGACGGCCAGCCGUGCAUGGACCACGACCGCGCCGAGGGCGAGGCCGUCAACCCGCAAGAGUACACGGCCCUGAAGCUGAAGGUGCUGGAAUGGGCUCCCAAGGCGGCCGACGCCGUCAAGGGCAUGAUUCCCGAAGGCAGCGACGUCUUCCUCGUGCCCGCCACCCUCCGGCCGGAAACCAUGUACGGUCAAACCUGCUGCUUCGUCGGCCCCAAGAUCACCUACGGCAUCUUCAAGGCCGGCGAGAAGUCCUACUACCUCGUCACCGACAGGGCCGCCCGCAACAUGGCGUACCAGGGGAUCCUGGCCGAGGAGGGCGUCGUCGACAAGGCCGGAGAGAUCCAGGGCGCCGACAUCGUCGGCACCCUGGUCAACGCCCCCCUCUCCCUCCACACCGAAGGCGUCCGCGUCCUUCCGAUGGAGACGGUCCUGCCCACCAAGGGCACCGGCGUCGUCACGUCGGUCCCGUCGGACAGCCCCGACGACUUUGCCACCGUGACGGACCUCGCCAAGAAGGCCGACUACUACGGCAUCGAGAAGGAGUGGGCGGAGCUGGAAAUCUUCCCCAUCAUCGACACGCCGUCGUACGGCGACCUGUGCGCGCCAUUCCUGAACAAGAAGCUGAAGAUUGCGUCGCCCAAGGACACGAAGCAGCUGGAGGAGGCCAAGGAGCUCGCGUACAAGGAGGGCUACUACCAAGGCACCAUGAAGGUCGGCCGCUUCAAGGGCGAGAAAGUCGAGACGGCCAAGCCAAAGGUCCGGAGCCAGCUGGUGGAGGCCGGCGAGGCCUUUGCGUACUCGGAGCCCGAGAAGAAGGUGGUCAGCCGAUCGGGCGACGACUGCAUCGUCGCCCUCAUGGAUCAGUGGUACAUCGACUACGGCGAGGAGUCGUGGAAGCGGACGGCGCUGGCCUGGGUCGUCAACGAGGACGGCGCCGGUCUCGAGACGUGGAGCCAGGAGACGAGGAACGGCUUCGAGGCCGUCCUCAACUGGCUGAACCAGUGGGCCUGCGCCCGGUCGUACGGCCUCGGCUCCAAGCUUCCGUGGGACCCUCAGUUCCUCGUGGAGAGCCUGAGCGAUUCGACCAUCUACAUGGCCUACUACACCGUCUGCCACUACCUGCAAAAGGACCUCUUCGGCCGCGAGAAGGGCAUCGGCAACAUCGAGCCGGAGCAGAUGAUAGACGAGGUGUGGGACUACAUCUUCUGCCGGCGCGAGCUGAGCGACGAGGUUCUCGAGCAGUCCAAGAUCCCGCGGGCGACGCUGGAGAAGAUGCGUCGCGAGUUUGAGUACUUUUACCCGCUCGACGUGCGGAGCUCGGGCAAGGACCUGAUCCCCAACCACCUGACCUUCUUCCUCUACGUGCACCUCGCCAUCUUCCCGCCCGAGUACUGGCCGCGCGGCGUGCGGGCGAACGGGCACCUCAUGCUGAACGGCGAGAAGAUGGCCAAGAGCACGGGCAACUUCAUGACGCUGCGCGACCUCACGCUCAAGUACGGCGCCGACGCGGCGCGCAUCGCCAUCGCCGACGCCGGCGACGGCGUGACGGACGCCAACUUCGAGGAGGACGUGGCCGACAACAACAUCCUGCGCCUCUUCAACCUGCGCGAGUGGUGCGAGGAGAUGGUUCGGGAGCGGGACGGGCUCCGCACCGGCGACGUCAACUCGUUCCAGGACGCGCUGUUCGGCAACGAGAUGAACGGCGCGGCGGCCGAGGCCAUGGAGCAGUACGGCCAGACCAACUACAAGCUCGCGCUGAAGGCGGCGCUCUACGAGAUGACGAGCGCGCGCGACUUCUACCGCGAGGCGUGCUCGGCCGGCGGCAUCAAGAUGCACAGGGAGCUCGUGUUCCGGUACAUGGAGCUCCAGGCGCUGCUCAUGGCCGUCAUCGCGCCGCACUGGUCCGAGCACAUCUGGCUCGAGGUGCUGGGCAAGGGGGAGACGAUCCACGAGGCGCGCUUCCCCGAGGUGCCGGCCGUGGACGCGGCCCUGUCGGCGAAGCGAGACUACGUCCGCAACACGGCAUCCAACGUCAACUCGGCCGAGGGCCUGCAGCUGAAGAAGAAGGCCAAGGGCAAGGAGGUGUCGUUUGACCCGAAGCAGCCGAAGAAGCUGACCAUCUUCCUGUCGGACAAGUUCCCGUCGUGGCAGGCCAAGUACAUCGAGCUGCUGCGGGAGAUGUGGGAGCCGGCGACGAAGUCGGUGGACGACAAGGCGCUCAACGGCAAGAUGGCGAAGCUCGGGGAGAUGAAGAAGGCGAUGCCGUUCGUGCAGGGGCUGAAGAAGCGUCUGCAGUCGGGCGAGGCGCCGAGCGCCGUGCUGGAGCAGAAGCUCGCCUUUGACGAGAAGGAGACGCUCGCGCAGAUGGUGCCGGGGCUGAGCAAGACGGCCGACCUCGUCGCCUGCGACGUGCUGAUUGUCGAGGAGGGCGGAAAGAAGGGCAAGAACAUGAUGGACGGCACGGAGGUGGCGAUAACGGUGCCAAACGCGGAGAACGCGGUGCCGGGCGUGCCUACAUUUUUCUUUGAGAAUGUGAAGGCGUAG